UGUGGUAGUACGUUGGAAACUGGUGACUGGUGACUGGCCAACAGAGUUCACUUUGAUCACCUCUUACAUAGUGCAUCCAGUGCCGUUUCAAAAAGCUAAAGAACCAAACAUAAACGGAGACCAGUGCGUGGAACGGCGGGAGGAAAACUUUCCAAAGAGCCUUUGUCCAUUAGUGUGGAACAUUGGCAGUUUUUUUUUCUUUCUUUUUCGGGCCUGCUUCAUGCCCCCCUCCCCCUCCCCCCUCGCUUUCCUCCUGCAGCUGAAGAGGCGAAUAAGUUGUGAGGAAACGAUGCAAGCCCUACUAGUAAACUAUACACAAGGAACAGACGGACACACACAUACAAAAUCCAUAGCUCGCUCAACAGCACCUCUCUCCAAAUCACGAAGAAUCCCAGACCCACAAUACCUCUUACAUACGGGAGUUGGAACCGUGGAACCAGAGAUCUCUAGACCUCGAGGACACAGCGUUAGAACGUGAGGAGCAAGAGAGGAACUGGGAGGGAACAAGAACAAGAAGAAGAGAGAGCCAGAUGAGAAUGAUGAUGGUGACGAUGAAGCAGGGGAGAAAGAGGAGGCAGUACACCACCAACACCAGCCAAAAUGGGACUCUAUAACUCUCGUUUAGUGGUGCUUCAGUGCGUCUCAGUGUCAUGCUCCUCGAGAUUUCUUGACUGAUUUUCCUACGAUCCACUUGUUCCAGGAAUACGCACAAAUACAGGGGCCCUAGUCUAGAGUGAAGUGAUGCAGUGCUACUGAUGAUGAUGAUCACGAUGAUGAUGAUUCAUUGGGUCUCAACUGUUCACACCAACAGAUUCUCGCCAGAACAGUGACUCGUGAGAGUGUCUGGACACCUUUUUUGUUCUGCUUCUGCUCGUUGGGAUCGUCAGUGACUCACCAGGUGAGAAAUUGAGAGCUCCCAGUGCUGUGCACCCAGCCGUGAGUGACCCUAGUUGAGCCGUGGUGGGAUGACCUCAAGUGCUCAUAGUGGCCCCUCAGCGGGCGCGGCGGGUCCAAUGUACAAUCUACAAUGGAAUGACCAUCCUAACCAGUUAGUGGCCAUGUUUUCGAAUCUAUUCAACUCGACCUCCUUGGUGGAUGUGACCUUGGCAGCUGAGGGAAAACACAUUGAAGCCCACAAGAUGGUGCUCUCAGCUUGCUCGGAUUACUUUAGGAGCCUGUUUCUGGUCAAUCCCAAUCAACAUCCAAUUGUGAUCUUGAAGGAUGUCCAAUUUGAAGACUUGAAGACAAUCGUUCAAUUCAUGUACCAAGGAUCGGUUGAAGUGUCCUCGGAUAAGAUCUCAGGCUUCAUUAAGACUGCGGAUACCUUGAAGAUCCAAGGUAUAGGCGAGAAGUUCACGGAUGAGGCCAACAAAAUCAUUGGAGGCUCCUCUCGGCGUUUGUUGUCGGUACCUUCGCAGCAUUCGGUCAAUUCGAGGCAAUAUUCCACCGAAUCGUUGCCCGUAUAUCUGGACAAAACCAGCAGCCUUUCUCCGCGUCAAGCCUCCACGGAUUCAGCGCGUCAGAUGUCCUUUGAAUCCUCAAUGAGUACCUUGAUUCGAAAACAGCCCACUCCACCGGCGAGUCCGCCAAGGCAUUUUCGAAAGAAAUUUCGCCGAUCCUCCGGAUGUGGAAGUAGCAGCGAUCGAGGCAAUUCCUUGGAGGACGAUCGCUCUCCCAUUCAUCCGGCUCAACGACCCGGAGCCUCAUCCCCGGCGAUUCAACUUUCCCCCAAUCGACAGAGCUCUUCUUCCACGGAUCCCGACGCUAAUUUGGCGGUUGGGAAUCAUGCCAAGAAGAAACGAGAAAUAUUCUCGGCUCGCUCGUCUAGAUCCGGGGGAUCGAACAAGAGUUCGGUUAGCGAUUACUCGCGGGAUCAGAGCUUCCGGCCAUUGGAAUCAUCGGGAUCGAGUGGCCAAAGUCACAGCAUUAACCAGAGCCAAGAAGAGCCAGGCUCUAGUUCCGCCGCAACCGCAUCCAAUGCACAAUCCACGGGUCUUACCUUGGGACUGACCGUGCCUUCUUCGGGUCGGACUUUGGCCCGAGCCCAAUCGGCGGGCGAGGCCACCUCGCCGAUUGCCCAUUCAGCCUCCAAGCGGAGUCGGUUCCUAUUGAAACGUCAAGACUGUACCGAGAAAGGCAUCGAUCUGACUACAGACACUAGCCAAGAGAAUGACUCGGGGCCUAUCCCGGCUCCUACGGCCAAGUCAUCUCCCAAUAGUCCAUUGAUGGGCUUAUCGCAUGGCACUCAUUGUUCGCCUCUGGAUGUGAAACCUGAGCCCUCUCUCCACCUUUCGCCUACCUCCCCUUUAUCUUCGACGGUUUUGGGCCCCUCGCCCGUUCCCAACUCUUCUUCCGCCCUCGUGAAACAAAAGUCGAACGAGUUUCUGUUGAGUCCUCCCAAGCCUUCGUUUCAUUCAGUGUCUCCCUACGCCGAUUCGUCGGCCAUGCCUCAUGUGCCAUCCCCCAGUCUGCACAAGCUACCAGCGGUCCGGGUGACCUCGGAUGUGCCAGAGAGUAUGGAUCAAUCCCCGCCCAGAAUGCCCGCACCCAACAUGAAGCUCCUGUGCCCUCCCGAGUUGAGCGAAUCGCGGCGGAAUCCCCUACCUAAACAUCGAUCUUCCUCCACGGAGGAGCUUACCUACGGCGGGGGAGGUGGACCGCAUGUGGGACAUUUACCCCAUGAUAUCCAUUCUGGAAGCUAUCAUGGCGGAAUGUCCUUAAUCCCGGUGACGAAUCCGAUCUCCACAUCUUACGAGUCGAUCUCGAUCAAUUACGGUUCACCUGGGAAUGGGAGUAGUUCGGGAGGGGGAGGGGGCAUGCUUGGUCCUUCCCACAGCAUUCACGAUCCUUACUCAAUGGUGGGCAGUAGCCAUCACCAUUUCUCGUCGCCCCAACCAAACAUGCCCAUGGGUCUUCCCAAUGUGAGUGGGGGAGGGAUGAUCUCAUCACUUUCCCUGUCGACCACUACCAAUUUGACCUCGUCCAAUCCCGUCGAGUUCAGCCAUGUGCCCAAGGGUCGCGAUGGGCCUGCGUUAGGCUGCAACCAUUGCUGGAAUAGUACAGACGGGAAUGGUCGGAUCCUGAGGAGGAAAACCAAAUAUCAGUGCGUAGAAUGUGGAGUGAAUCUGUGCAUUGUACCCUGUUUCCAGGAGUAUCACAGCGCACGAGAGCGCGAGGCCUCUCAACAUUGAGGUGUCGUCAUCGAAAUUUUGCCAGCAAUAACGUGGGCAUGACACAUGCUGAGCAUCCUAAGUGUACCCUCCCACUCUCCUCCUCCUCCUCCUCCUUCACAUCACAUCAACCCUAAUAAGCCUUUCACUUUUAGGAUGGAUAAAAGAGAUGUCUCUCGACGCGCCAAAGUUGACGAAACCCAGUCUAUUUUUCACCACUCGUUUUCUCUUGCAUUUUGAACUGCGUUUAAGAACAUACCACCGAUAUUCUCUCCCCACUCAAUCCCUGUUUCAGAGCACAAAAAUGCAUCUCAGUUGUAGCCA